AUGGGAAACUGUUUAUUGGGAGGCAUGUCAGAUCCUGAAGUAGUGAUCAAAGUCACAACAUCUUAUGGUGGCAUCAUGGAAUUCUAUGCUACAAUUACUGUGAGUUUCAUCACCAAUGAGUUCCCAGGGCAUGGAAUAUUCCUAAGUCAUGAACUCUUUUGCAAACCAAUUAGCCAAUUUGAGGAGUUGGUGGCUGGACAAUCAUACCACCUUUUGCCACUCAACAACCAAUCGGAACACCCUCCGGCCACCGGGUACAUCAGCGGUGACAACUACGCCACCAUUCGGCAAGGGCAUGUUCGUUCUCAUAGUGUUCCUACUACCCCAUAUCCUCAUCCUUACAGAAUGUCCUUGGACUACCAACACCACCAAGGAAUGAGGUUUCUCAACAAAACCUCUAUAGAACCUUUCUCUUGUAGCACUAGUACUAGUAAUAGUACCAGUAAAUGCAGCAUUAUUACUAGCGUUGGCAGUAAAAGUAACAAGUUUUGGAAAGUGAAGUUGGUGAUAACUCCUCAGAAGUUGAUGGAUAUUUUGUCACAAGAGGCUAGAACCAAGGAGUUGAUAGAGAGUGUUAGGAUUGUAGCCAAAUGUGGGGUUUCUGCAGGUGGCAUUUUACCUGCAUCUGCUGCAGCAAGCAUAGUGUCUGAUCAGUGGAGCCUCUCCGGUAGUGGUAGGAGUGCUUGUGAUUCCUCUAAGAUUGAUGCAUUGGUGGUUGAGAUUUAGUAUAAUGCAUGAAAAAAUAUGCAACCAA